UGAGCAGCUACCGGAGUCAGUGUCCUGACUAGCCAGAGUUGGGCGCGGAUUCACAGAGACACCGAGACGCUCAGAAAAGCCACAGGCACCAUGUCGGAACAGCAGGGGGAUGGCCGUCAGAUCCCGUGCAGCAGGAAGGCCUGCCGCCGCCUCUUCGGCCCAGUGGACAGCGAGCAGCUGCAACGCGACUGCGACGCGCUAAUGGCGGGCUGCAUACAGGAGGCACGUGAGCGAUGGAACUUCGACUUUGUCACUGAGACACCACUGGAGGGUGACUUCGCCUGGGAGCGUGUGCGGGGCCUCGGCCUGCCCAAGCUUUACCUCCCCCGUGAUGAUUUGGGAGGGGGCAAGCGGCCCAGCACCUCGUCGGCUCUGCUGCAGGGAACAGAACAGGAAGACCACGUGGACCUGUCUCUGUCCUGCACCCUCCUGCCUCGCUCAGGAGAGCGACCUGAGGGGUCCCCAGGUGGGCCUGGAACCUCUCAGGGCCGAAAACGGCGGCAGACCAGCAUGACAGAUUUCUACCAUUCCAAACGCCGGCUGAUCUUCUCCAAGAGGAAGCCCUGAUUCGUCCAUCAGAGGCCUUGUGCUCCUGGAAAUUAGGGGAUCCUGAAGGCCCCUUCCACAUCUUCUGCCUUAGUCCUUCAGAUUGUGUGUCUUAAUUAUUAUUUGUGUUUUAAUUUAAACUCCUCCUCAUGUACAUACCCUGCUUGCCCUCUCUACCCCCAGCCUCUGUCAUUAGAAUUAUUUAAAACAAAACUAGGCAGUAGAACAGUAGGCUCAUCAGAGUGCUGGGUACUUUUAUGACAUGAAAUAUUAUUUAAAGCUCUCCAUUUCCUCUCCCCUGGAGGUCAGGUGGGGCGGCUUCAUGCCAGCCUCAUCCUCCUCCACCCUCACUGCUGGUGGUACUCUGGAGGGGCCUGGCUCCUUCCGUACUCUGUCUUGUGGGUGUUAUGAAAUUCCACCCCUUUCCUGGAUUCUCAGACCUGAAUUUCUUAUGAUUUGAGAAGUAAACAGAUAGCACUUUGAAGGGGGCCCAGUUAGUGGGACCAUCAUCAAAAACUCUGGAGGCCUUGCACCUCCUCUGAGGCUGGGCAGGCACCGCCCAGCACAGGGCUGGGGACUUGGCACACUCCUGGCCCUGUCCUUUGAAGGAGGGGGAGGUAGGGUCCUGUAGCAAACCACCCUGCCUCCCCACAGGGCCUUCCACCCUCCUCCGGGGAGCCCGCCUCAGUGUUUAGUCUUCCCCCCCCUGCUGCUCUCCCCUCCCCAUGUCCUUGCUCCCCAGUCCCAUCUCAGUCCUGGAUGGCAGCUCUGGGGCACCUGUACCCCCCAACUCAGUGGGCUAAAAGGGGAAGGGACACACAGGAAGAAGGGCUCCCUAGUUCUACCUCAGGCAGCUCAAGCAGCAACUGCUGCCUCCUCUUUUAGCUUGGGGUUAGGGGUCCUGGGUGGUGGCACAGGCCUCCCUGAGGGAGCACCCCUCCAUGUUAGGUCUGUGUGGUGUAAAGAAUGGAUCUUUCUGGGAGGGAGACAUCAGCUCCUGGAAGGUGUCCAGGGUCUGCCUGCCACAUCCCUCCCCAUUUCAUUGCACUUUGUAUAGCGGUUGAACAAGGAGUUAGGCGUUUUAAGAUGGCGGGAGUAAAGGCUGUGGUAGGGCACACUAAGGGGGCUGAUGUGGGGCUUGGGGUGGUAAACGUUGAACACUGAACAUUGGGUUUCUGGAGGUCAAAGCACUUAGUGGGUCUGACCCACAUACUUUCCAGCUCCUGUAACAUCCUGGCAUGGACUGUUUUCUCUUUGUUUCAAAGUAUUGUGGUUCCCCUGGCUCUCUACCUAGACUGUAAGCCUCUUAGUGGUGGGGACCAUCCCUGUGCUGUUCUGUGUCCUUCACAGCCCCUCCCAUAGUGCUGGGUAUACAGCAGGUG